AUGUCGUCGUUAAAGGAACUGCAGGAAAUUGGGAAGGAAAUAGGUUUAGAAGGAAAAGAACUGCAACAGUUUAUUUUGUCAGAGCAAGCCAAGGAAAGAGACGAGCGAGAGAGGGAAAGAGAAGCUAGGAAGUUAGAGGCCGAGAGGAAGCAUGAUUUAGAGUUGAUUCAAGAGAAGACCCGAGCAGCUGAGAAGGAAAUGGAGUUGCAGUUAGCACUUGUAAAGGAGAAGGAGGAGCUGGCUAUGAAGGAGCAUCAACGACGGAUGGAACUGUUACAACUGAAAGGUAGACAGGAUAUGAAGCCUAAGGUGACAGGCAGUGAUUUGAGGGGUCCUAAACUCCCAGCAUUUGAGGAGGGCAAAGACAAUAUUGAUUCAUAUCUGCAGAGAUUUGAGAGGUUUGCGACUACUCAAGGAUGGGAUAUGGAGAGGCAGUGGGCGUCCAAUUUGAGUGUACUUCUGAAAGGUAGGGCGUUAGACGUGUUUAGCAGACUUCCUGUGGAGCAGAGCCUGGAUUAUAAUGUUUUGAAGGACGCUUUGUUGAAGAGGUUUGAGACAACUGAGCAAGGGUUUAGGAAGAAAUUCAAGACUGGACGACCGGAAGCUGGUGAAACUUUUGCGCAGUUCGCUGUAAGACUAGACAGCUAUUUUCUGAGAUGGUUGGAAAUGGCCAAAACCCCAAAGACGUUUGAAGGUGUGAAGGAUUUGAUCAUUCGCGAUCAGUUCAUCCAAGCCUGUGGAAACGAAUUGACGCUAUUCCUGAAGGAACGCAUACCAGCUACUAUUGGUGAGAUGGCUAAACUGGCGGAUCAGUUUGCCGACGCCAGGGGACACACGGCGAAUCUACUGAAGUUCCGUCCCGAGGGUUAUAAGAAGCAAUUCAACGGAUCUAAUGGUAAGACUGGUACAGGGGAUGUCUCGACAACGAAACAGUCCGGUUCGGAGUCUGGUUCUAAGACUAGGCCGGUUGGCUCAAGCUCGGGAUCAGGUAAACAUUGCUUCAUAUGUAACAAGACCGACCAUUUAUCUUACAACUGUCCUAGGAAAUCGAAGAAGGGUCAGGUUCAGUGUAUCUCUACUAAGGACAAGGCUGCUGUUAUUCCUCCAGAAGAUUGUUGUUCAGAGGAAGUUGUGAAGGAUACAGAUACCACGGAGACUAAUAUACUGACAACUUCGUGUGAACGGCCGGUAAUCUGUGAUAUGCCUGUAGUGAAAGGACGUGUUGGUAAUCGUUCUGUGAUGGUGCUCAGGGACACUGGUUGCUCAGGAGCUGUUAUCCGGAAGAGUCUCGUAUCUGAUGAGGAUGUUACCGGCGAGACGCAGGCCUGUAUAUUGGCUAAUGGUGACAAACUUACUGUGCCUAUCGCUAAGCUGUUGGUGGAUUCUCCAUAUUUUACCGGAAGCGUAUGUGCUUGGUGCAUGGACAAUCCCGUGUAUGACUUGAUACUUGGAAAUAUUCCGGGAGUUAGACAUGCCAACGAUCCCGACUUGGAAUGGAAGCCAGCGGAAGUCGUACAUGCUGUUCAGACGAGGGGCCAAGCUAAAAAGGAUAAUCAGCUAUAUCGUCCUCUGAGGGUACCUAAGGUGAUACAAGAGAUUGGAACUCCAGAAGAAAUCAAGGAGACGCAAAAGGCCGAUGGAACCUUGUCAAAGUACUGGAAUUUGGCUAAGGAUGGUGCCGUGAAAGACAGAACAGAUGGGGGAUUGUCACGGUUUUAUGUGAGUCGAGGAUUGCUUUAUAGAGAGUUUCAGAGUCCAAGUGUUGAAAAUGGACGGGUUUUCAAGCAAUUGGUGAUACCGGAGAAGUUGCGUUCUACAGUGUUACAACUGGCUCACGAUACUAUGAUGGCUGGACAUCUUGGAGCUAAGAAGACAAUGGACAGGAUCAGGACGGAGUUUUUUUGGCCUGGUAUAGCAUCAGAUGUUACCAGAUUUUGUAGGUCCUGUGAUGUAUGCCAGAGGACUAUUCCUAAAGGAAGAGUGACCAAGGUACCAUUGGGACAAAUGCCUCUAAUCGAUACCCCUUUCCAGCGUGUCGCUAUUGACCUGGUAGGACCAUUACAGCCAGUGACUGAUCGUGGGAAUCGCUACAUACUCACAAUAGUUGAUUAUGCUACCCGUUACCCAGAGGCAGUCGCCUUAAGAGGUAUUGAGACCGAGCGUGUGGCCGAGGCCUUGGUUGAUGUUUAUAGUCGUGUCGGAAUACCCCGCGAAGUACUGACAUAUUGUGGAACUCAGUUUACCUCGGAGUUGAUGCAAGAAGUUAGCAGAUUGUUGUCCAUACGCCAGCUGUCUACCUCUCCGUACCACCCCAUGUGCAAUGGGCUAGUUGAACGUUUCAAUGGAACUUUGAAGGGAAUGCUGCGUAAGAUGUGCGCUGAACGUCCGCGAGACUGGGAUAAGUAUCUUAACGCGCUUUUAUUUGCUUAUCGUGAAGUACCCCAAGACAGCCUUGGAUAUUCGCCAUUCGAGUUGUUAUACGGCAGGACAGUCAGGGGCCCGAUGAUGAUUCUCAGAGAACUUUGGACUAAAGAUGUUCCAGACCCGGAUACUAAGACCACAUACCAGUAUGUAGUGGACCUGAAGGAAAGGUUAGAAGAAACAUGUCAACUCGCUCAAGACCAACUUCGAACUGCAAAAACGCGUCAGGCGAAAUACUACAACAGGAAGGCAAAAGUUCGCGAGAUGAAGCCUGGACAGAAGGUAUUGGUUCUUUUACCAACCAAGAGGAACAAGCUCCUGAUGCAGUGGAGAGGGCCAUAUGUUAUUGAAGAAAAGAGAGGCUCUAUGGACUACAAGGUGAACGUUGAAGGAAAGAAGAAGACGCUGCAUGCCAACCUUUUGAAGUUGUAUGUUGAGCGGCAGUGCAGUUCGGCGGUUGCACAAGAUUUGGGUAUUUUGUCAGUCGUUUGUGAUGCCAUGGUAGCGGAAGAGGAUGAGAAUGACGAUGAAGAUUUUCCUCCAGGGAAUAUUGUCACUAUUCCUCCCCAGACCAGGACGGAAUCAUUAGAUGACGUCGCAGUAUCAGAGUUAUUGACAUCAGACCAAGCAACGGAUGUAAGGACGCUCUUAUUGGAAUAUGACGACGUGUUCACUGAUGUGCCAGGAAAAACUAAUCUGGGGAAGCACGACAUCAGGACAACAACCAGCGAGCCUGUUAGAGUGAAGAGCCAUAGUAUUCCAUAUAGUAUGAAGAACACCAUCAAGGAGGAGUUAGACAAGAUGCUACGAAUGGGUGUCAUUGAGUCGUCGGAGUCUCCAUAUGCGGCACCUGUGGUGAUUGUUCGGAAGAAGGACGGAACUAACCGGUUCUGUAUUGAUUUUCGUCAACUGAAUCGCGUUACGAUCUUUGACGCCGAACCAAUGCCCAAUGCGGACGACAUAUUUGCAAGACUCUCUGGACACAGAUACUUUUCUCGUCUAGAUCUGAGUAAAGGGUAUUGGCAAGUACCGAUGUCGGAAUCUGCAAGGGAGAAGACAGCAUUUACCACACCAUUCGGAUUAUUUCAGUUUUCGGUGAUGCCGUUUGGUCUUGUGAAUGCUCCGGCAACGUUUUGUCGCAUCAUGAGGAAACUCCUGAGAGGUAUGUCCGGUGUGGAAAGUUUCAUUGACGAUAUUCUUCUCUACUCGAAGACCUGGGACGACCACAUCCGAAUUCUAAGGGAUUUAUUCACUCGUCUACGGAAGGCUGGACUAACAGCCAGACCAACGAAAUGUGCACUGGGGUAUGGAAGUCUGGAGUGUCUGGGACACAUUGUAGGAGACCAGCGACUAUUACCCAAUCCUGACAAGGUGAAGGCUAUUUUGAGCGUUCCAAGACCUGAGACAAAGAAGCAGGUACGGUCUUUUUUAGGUAUGGCUGGAUACUAUAGGAAGUUCAUUCCUGAUUUUGCCGCAAUAUCUGUGCCUUUAACAGACCUAACAAGGAAGGGCCAGCCACAAAAGAUUAUCUGGGGUGAGGCUCAAGAGAUAGCGUUUGAAACGCUGAAGAAGAGCCUAUCCUCAAGCCCUAUCCUGAAGUUGCCAAGCUUAGAGGACGAAUUCAUCCUACAGACGGAUGCCUCAGAUUAUGGCAUUGGAGCGGUACUUCUGCAGGAAGAGGCGGGAGAUCGCCUCCCAGUCGCAUAUGCCAGUAGGAAACUCAAAGGUGCUGAAACGUCCUAUGCAGUGGUCGAAAAGGAGUGCUUGGCGGUUGUGUGGGGAGUGUUGAAGUUCCAACGUUACCUCUACGGACGCCAUUUUGUUCUUGAGACGGACCACCAGCCGCUGUUGUAUCUUAACAAGCUGAAAGGGACCAGUUCUCGUCUCAUGAGAUGGGCGUUGUUAUUACAACCAUACAGAUUUACCAUCAGGGCGAUUCGAGGAAGUGAGAAUGUGGGAGCUGAUUGUUUAAGCAGACUAUAG